AGAAUGGAUGAACAGUCACAAGGCAUGCAGGGGCCUACUGCUCCACCAUUUCAGCCACAGAAAGCCUUGCGACCUGACAUGGGCUAUAAUACACUUGCCAAUUUCCGAAUAGAGAAAAAGAUUGGCCGUGGGCAGUUCAGUGAAGUUUACAGAGCAACCUGCUUGUUGGAUGGGGUACCAGUGGCACUGAAGAAGGUUCAGAUAUUUGAUUUAAUGGAUGCCAAAGCCCGUGCUGACUGCAUCAAAGAAAUAGAUCUUCUUAAGCAACUGAAUCAUCCAAAUGUAAUUAAAUACUAUGCCUCAUUCAUUGAAGACAAUGAACUGAAUAUAGUACUGGAAUUAGCUGAUGCUGGAGAUCUCUCUAGAAUGAUAAAGCAUUUUAAGAAACAGAAGAGGUUGAUUCCUGAAAGAACAGUUUGGAAGUACUUUGUUCAGCUUUGCAGUGCCUUGGAACAUAUGCAUUCUCGUCGUGUUAUGCAUAGAGAUAUAAAGCCAGCUAAUGUGUUCAUUACAGCUACAGGGGUAGUAAAGCUUGGAGACCUUGGACUUGGUCGAUUUUUCAGCUCCAAAACCACAGCUGCACAUUCUUUAGUUGGUACACCUUAUUAUAUGUCUCCAGAGAGAAUACACGAAAAUGGUUACAACUUCAAAUCUGACAUCUGGUCUCUAGGCUGUCUGCUGUAUGAGAUGGCUGCACUGCAGAGUCCCUUUUAUGGUGAUAAAAUGAACUUGUACUCCCUGUGCAAGAAGAUAGAACAGUGUGACUACCCACCUCUCCCUUCAGAUCACUAUUCAGAGGAACUACGACAAUUAGUUAAUAUGUGCAUCAACCCGGACCCAGAGAAGCGACCAGACAUAACCUAUGUUUAUGAUGUAGCAAAACGUAUGCAUGCACACACUGCGAGCAGCUAAACAGACAUCAGAUCAUGAAGAAAAAAGCAGAAAUAACCAAGUAUUUUCA